CUCCUGAUAUGGCGAGUCUCCAGCUACAGCUGCCACAAUUGUCUUGGGCAUAAUUCCUCCUCUAAGCGAAGUGGGCAACGGACGGCAGGUGGGCCGGCUCGGGUAGAGAACCCUCUCUCUGGCACGCACAAGCCGGGCGCAUGCCCUUUUCGCCCCCACUCCCGCCGUCUUCCAGAUAGAGUAGAAGCGACGCGGUUCGUUCGCGCGCUUCGGAGUUGGAGGGCGGCGCCCAGGACUCUGGUGGGAGAGUGUCGGCACCGCGCGCGAGGAAGGGCGGGAGGCGGCAGUGGCUGGCGGUCGAGGAGCCUGGCUCGCAGAACCUCAGCUCGAGGAGCUAGGGGAGCACAGCGCUGGGUGCAGGCAUAGCGUCUCCGGAGCCGACGGCCGGCGUGCGGACAGAGCCAUGGUUCGUCCUCCUAACCCGCGACCACUGGCGCCCUUAUUCCUGCUGCUGCUGCUACCGCUACCGCUGCCGCUUGGAGCCGCAGACCCUCUCCCUAUAGAGGGCCGGCUCGUGAACAGCUGUAUUCAGGCCAGGAGGAAGUGCCAGGCCGAUCCUGUUUGCAGUGCUGCCUACCACCACCUGAAUUCCUGCACCUCUAGUAUAAGCACCCCAUCACCCACACAGGAACUUUUGGUCCCUGAGGACUGCAGGGAGGCAGCAAAGCACCUCAGGAAUAGCUCUCUGAUGAGCUGCACAUGCCAUCGGCGCAUGAAGAACCAAGUUGCCUGCCUGGACAUUUACUGGACCGUUCACCUUGCCCGCAGCCUUGGUGACUAUGAACUGGAUGUCUCCCCCUAUGAAGACACCGUGACCAGAAAACCCUGGAAAAUGAAUCUCAGCAAACUGAACAUGCUCAAACCAGACUCAGACCUCUGCCUCAAGUUUGCCAUGCUAUGUACUCUUAAUGAUAAGUGUGAUCGGCUGCGCAAGGCCUAUGGGGAAGCGUGCUCGGGAUCCCGCUGCCAGCGUCACACCUGCCUCCAUCAGCUCCGCGCCUUCUUCGAGAAGGCUUCGGAGCCCCACGCUCAGGGCCUCCUGUUGUGCCCCUGUGCACCGGCCGACCAGGGCUGCGGGCAACGCCGGCGCAACACCAUCGCUCCCAGCUGCGCUCUGCCGUCUGGGGCCCCCAACUGCCUGGAGCUGCAGAGCCUCUGCGUCGCUGACCCGCUGUGCAGAUCUCGCCUGGUGGAUUUCCAGACCCACUGCCAUCCUUUGGACAUCCUAGGGACCUGUGCAACAGAGCAGUCCAGAUGUCUGCGAGCAUACAUGGGGCUGAUUGGGACUGCCAUGACUCCCAACUUUGUCAGCAAUGUCAACAUCAGUGUUGCCUUAAGCUGCACCUGUCGAGGCAGUGGCAACCGGCAGGAAGAGUGUGAACAGCUGGAAGAGUCCUUCUCCCACAACUCCUGCCUCAUGGAGGCCAUUGCAGCUAAGAUGCGUUUUCACAGCCAACUCUUCUCCCAGGACUGGGCAGACUCUACCUUUUCCGUGAUGGAACGCCAGAGGCAGUCUGAAUUCCAGUCUCCAAUCAGAAAUUAUCAGAUGCAGAGGGAAUCUUGGAAGUCAUCUUGCACAACGCUAUCAUUUUACAAGGGGGAAAACUGAAGCCCAGUGGGGAGAAGGAGUGGGAAAGGGGAGAUUUUCUCAGAUAUGUUUAGAUCGAGGUGGAUUUCAGCUCUUCUGGAUCUCCAAUCUGGGCUGUCUCUAGAUGACAGCCAUCAAAGGGGGAAGAGGUUUGACCUAGCAAUGCAGAGUCUUGCUUUCUUUACCUCUGCAUGGCUGAAUGACCCCUAACCCAUGCUGUGUGUCCUCUCAUAGAAAUGGCAGUGCCUACUAGGUGUACCUAUCUCUCAUUGCCAUAACAAGUCUCUAAAGUAGGUCUUGUUAUCAUUUAAAAAAAGAGAUAGGUCUACUUCAUGGGAUUCAAUAAGAUAACAUUUGAAAAUGAUUUGUAAAUGGUAAACCAUACACAUAAGAUGAUUUAAUAAUUUCUUAUCAUUAUGGAAUGUAGUGGAAGAAUAUGAGUUUUAGUUAGACAGAACUUGUUGCCUCACAUAUGUUGCCUGGGCCUCUAUUUCCGCUCUGUAAAAUAGGGGUAAUGAUACCUGCUUCACAGGGUUGUCACAAAGAUUGGUGAUCAGAUAUGUAAAGAGACUAGCCAAGUGUUCAAGAAUACCUUACAUUUGGAGCCCCUGGCUGGCUCAGUCAGUGGAUCAUGCAACUCUUGAUCUCAGGGUUGUGAGUUCAAGUCCCACAAUGAGUAUAGAGAUUACUUAAGAAAAAAAAACUUAAAAAAAAAAGAAUGUUACAUUUAUAUUACAUUUAUCCAAAACUUAUUAUGUUAAAGAUUGCUCUAAAUAUAUUAUGGGGACUAUCUCUUUCAUUUCUUACCCCAAGUGAAUAGCAGAAAUUAUUGUUAUAAUCCUUAUUUGAUGGCAUGGAAUAAAUGAUAUAAUAAUAAAUGAUAUUCCCCCCAAAAAGAACUCUUAUUACUACCACCAUUCUACCUCUGGAGAGAGGAGAAGAAAGGUGAAAAGAUGCUUAAUGUCACUUUGGAGAUGAAAUACCUUUGAAUUAGGCUGAGAUUGGUGGUGUAUAGAGGGGCAAGUUGGUGGAGUUCAGGGUGGGGGGAGUCACACAGGUGUUCCAGGCUCCACAUCACUAAAGGUAAUGACAGUGGCUUUCAUUUUUUUGAACAUUUCACAAAUAAGAUAAUUAUUUAAAUAUUUUCCUUUUGAAAAAAGGAACAGUUUUGAGUCUUGGUUAAAUGAAAGAAUGAGUGUGAGGUAGUUCCUGAUGGUCAGAUGAACAUGAAAUGAUUUAUUAUGCACCUGUGCACUGGAAGUCUCCGAGGUGGUUUUUACUAUUGUAGUGUUUUAUUUUAAGUCAUACAAAUAUUUAAAAUGUACCCACAGUGGGUAAUAAUUAAAGACUCCAAAGCAUAGGGGCGCCUGGGUGGCUCAGUUGGUUGAGCAUCUGACUCUUGAUUUUGGCUCAGGUUAUGAUCUCGUGGUCGUGGGAUGGAGCCCGUUGUCAGCCUCCACACUGAGUAUGGAGCUUGCUUGAGAUUCUCUCUCUCUGCCCCUUUCCCCUGCUUGAUCUCUCUCUCUCUAAAAUAAAAUGUAAAAAUAUUUAAAAUUUUUAAAUGUUUUAUUUAUUUAUUUUUGAGAGAGAACGAGCAGGGGAGGUGCAGAGAGAGAGAGGGAGAGAGAGAAAGAAUCUCAAUCAGGCUCUGUGCUGCCAGCACAAAGCCCGACCUGGGGCUCAAACUCAUGAGCCAUGAGAUCACGACCUGAGCUGAAGUCAGACACUUCACUGACUGAGCCACCCAGGUGCCUCUAAAAAUAUUUUUAAAAAAGGACUUUGAAGCAUAAGCCACCUUGAUGCUGAAAUACUAGUUAAUGGUUAUAAGGGCACAUAGGUGGCUCAGUUGGUUGAGCAUGUAACUCUUGAUUUCAGCUCAUAUCAUGAUCCCUGGGUUGUGGGAUUGAGCCCCAUGUCAAGCUCCACACUCAGCAGGGAGCCCGAUUAAGAUGCUCUCUCUCUCUCUCUCUCU